AUGGCGCACCCCGGCACCGCCCACAAAUACACCAAAGGCCUCAUCGCCUUCGAACACGCCUCGCCUCACCCUUCGUCCUCCUACGACACCAUCCUCUGGAUAGGCGGCCUAACAGACGGUCUCCUCACCGUUCCCUACCCCUCGCUCAUCGCGUCCUCCCUUUCACCAACCUGGUCGCUCGCCGAAGUCCUCAUUACCUCCUCCUACAGCGGCUGGGGCACCGGUAGCCUGACGCGCGACGCAAAGGAAUUAGGGGAAUGCGUGGCAUAUUUUAAGGCAAGGCGGCCGGGGAAGAAAAUUGUGCUCAUGGGACAUUCAACGGGGUGUCAAGACAUCAUGGAAUAUUUGCUGGGGAAAGGAAAUGAGGCGAGGGAGAAAGUGGAUGGCAUAAUACUGCAGGGUGGUGUUAGUGAUAGGGAGGCAUGGGAAGAUUACUACAAAGAGGGAGAGAGAAGAAAGCAGCUUGACGAUGCGAUUGCGAUGGCUAGAGAAUUGGUGGACAAGGGGAAGGGAGAGGAAGUCUUGUCACCGGAGAGUAAUCCUGUGAUCAAGGACAUGGGCGGCCCUCUCAACGCAUAUCGCGCAUACUCCCUACUUGCAAAGGGUGGUGACGAUGAUUACUUCUCGAGCGACCUAUCAGACGAACACUUCACGACUACGUUCGGCAGGAUACCAAAGACCACACCGGUGUGCUUCCUCCUCGGAUCCUUGGACCCCUACGUCCCCGCGAGAAUUGACCGAGCUGCCCUACUCCAGCGCUGGACAAGGAUAAUACGGGAAGGCGGUGGUGUUGUCGAUGACGAAGAUGGUGGUGUGAUACCGGGUGCGCAUCAUAAUCUUGAUGGGGAUCCGGAGGAGGUUGUGCAGGAUCUGGUGAGGAGGGUGCUUGGGUUUGUUACGAGGUUGGGGUGA